AAUCACAUCUCACUGCAACAUCGAACGCUAUACUUUGAACGCGAGCACUAUGCAGUCCCGCCUAGCGUUUGCGGUUGCGUCGCGGUUCUCUGUCGUUAACUGUAGCGGUCGAGCUCUGGCGCAAGGCGUGGCGUCUCGAUCGGCCAGUAAUGGCCGCACUGCCGAUCCCGACAUCCAUUCCGGCAACGACGGAGCCGACCCAGCUGUUUACCCCAAAGACCCCGAAGGUAUGGACGAUGUAGCGAAUCCAAAGGCGAAGGAUGAUGACGUGUCAAUAGAGGACGAGAAUCCACGUCCAAGCCUAGAGGAGGAGCCGAUUUCUCCGGUGAAUUUACGGGCCUCCGCCCAUAAGCUUGAGAACACUGCCGUCGGCCGACAAGGAGACCCCAACUUCCAGCAAAAGCGCAAGAUCUCCACCGCCGUUAAGGCUUGAGAACGAACACUUUACAUCAUAUUUUCUUUUUUUUUUUUAUAAAAAAAAAGUUUCACGUGCAUUGUCGAGGAGAGCCGAAUAUAGGUUGCUUGCUAUAUUAUGAAUCCAUCCGUAUUUCCUACAUAACAUAAGAGACUGCCAUGUUUGUAUGGAUCCACUUUCUUUUA